AUGAUUAAACAUAUCCCUAUGAACCAAGUGAGCUGCUGCGAAGCACCAGUACAAGAGAAUGGCAAAUUACCUGUUGCGAUCAUUGGAGCUGGACCGGUUGGUCUUGCGGCAGCAGCACAACUCAUUUCAAAAGGUGAGCCGUUUAUGUUGUUUGAAGCUGGAGAUGAAGUGGGGGCAAACAUUCGCAAAUGGGAACAUGUACGACUGUUCUCGCCAUGGCAGUAUAACAUCGAUAAAGCUGCUAAAGAGUUACUACUAAAGGCGAAUUGGGUUGCUCCACAAAACGAAAAGAUCCCAACAGAUGAAAUCGGAUUUUUUGAAUGGGCUGCAUUACACAUGGCAAGGCUCGCAAGAGGUAAUGGCAAGCUGAUGUUCGUUUAUGUUGUGCUGCUUGGAGCAGGUGUAGCAGCGUUCUUUGCAAAUGACGGUGCCGCACUGAUAUUAACACCCAUUGUGCUUGCCAUGGUCCGAGCGCUCAAAUUUGAUCAAAAGAUGAUUUUACCUUUUAUCAUCGCAAGUGGUUUUAUUGCAGAUACAACUUCACUUCCGCUCGUCGUUAGCAACCUUGUCAAUAUCGUUUCUGCGGAUUACUUUGGUAUUGGAUUUGUGGAAAAGAGCAUUCCAGGAAACUACGAAGUCAGUCAGCUCAAAAAGCCAGCUGAAGCGAUCAAGGAUAAGAAACUGUUCAAAAUAUCUUGGGUGAUCUUAGCCGUGCUACUGAUUGCGUACUUGAUGAGCGAGUUCAUUCAAGUUCCGGUGUCUGUUAUCGCUGGGGUUAUUGCCAUCUUGUUUAUUUUAGCUGCACGACGGAGUCACGCUAUUCAAACCUGGAAGCUCAUUAAAGGGGCUCCAUGGGCAGUCGUGAUUUUCUCCAUUGGUAUGUACGUCGUCGUUUAUGGACUGCGAAAUGUAGGAUUGACGGAUGAACUUGGUAAGGUCAUUCAAGCUAUUGCCGACCAAGGGCUCUACAUCUCCACACUUGGUAUGGGUUUUCUAGCUGCAGUAUUGUCUUCGGUUAUGAACAAUAUGCCGACAGUGAUGAUUGAUGCGCUUGCUAUUGAUGGAACGAAUGUCAUUGAUCCUGAGAUCUUAAAGCAAGCAGACUACAUCAUCACGCUUUGUGGUCAUGCCAACGAUAAUUGUCCGGUUGUACGUAAUGACAAAGCCGAAAGAUGGCACUGGGGCUUCGAUGAUCCAGCUAAGGCGACAGGUACAGAGGAAGAAAUCACAGCUACGUUCGCCGAAGUCCGUGAUUCAAUUAAGGCUCGAAUUGAGCAAUUCUUGAAAGAAGUCGUGGUGGAUCUGCGGGAAGAAGCAACAGAAUGUGCAUAUCCAGCAGCUCAUGUGAAGUGGGUAAAGGUUCCGCUUGAUGACAACACGAAAGAAAACGAAGCCGAACUUUUUAAACAAGCAAUUGAUGAGGUUGUUGGAGCUUAUAACGCCGGCAAGAAAGUUGCCUUUCACUCUCAAUAUUACAAAGAUGCAGCUGAUCCAUGUGAUCGGCUGCUUUUGUUCAAC